UGGGGUAGCUCCCUUUCCCUCCCACUGCUCCUGACCGCUCGAUCAGGAAGUUGGGCUCCGGGUACGCGCGUUCGCCGUUGCUGUUUUUGACGGGGUCGUUGGCGGCUAGCAUCUCAUCGAUAGCCUCGCCGGUUGCCUUCGGGUCCGCAGCGGCAGCUCCCUGAUCCGCAGAGGAAGGAUCGCCAGCACUAGCCUGUGAGGCCUGUGAGGCGUCGGCAGGUCCCGCGCUUGCACCCUCAGACAUCGUAGCCGCGCGUUGCGUGUGGUCGAGCCCGCAGCUCCGUCCCGGGCAUUUUCCCGAUUUUCCGCCGGUAUUUCUCCGCCACGGAACUGUUGUGGUGGCAAUUCCCCGAGACUCGUUUGUGUGUGCAGCUAGUAGCUUGUCUGUUGGUUGUGUUGUGAUCGUGUUGCAGCAAUACCAUACACGCGAAGUGCUGCUAUCCCCUGUGGUUAUCAAUGUUAAGAUCGCACAUAUCGGGGUCUUGGCACAGGGGUGUGCGUUCGAAAGUCGCCGUACCAGCCGCUUUGGAUUCAAACAGCACCGCUUAUAUCGGGGUCUUGACACAGGAGUGUGCGUUGUUUCUUGGAACCAAAAUAUUUACAGUGGGGGCUACGGUUUAAGAGAGCUCAGUUUAAGAGAAUCGCCGAUUUAAGAGAGGUCAAAAUUGCUAGACACACCCCUCUCUUAAACCGAACCCCGAAUCUCUUAGGCUGACUCUUAUGGCUCCCGAAAGUUGGCCACGGAACGAGUUUUUUUUUCAAUUUUCGUGGCAUGUCCAUCUCAUGGGCACGGAUGUGGCGGGUUCAGGGUCAAAAAAAAUCGUUUGGAACAUCUGGGCCGAGGGCCCAACGAUAGUUGGGCAUAUAUUUCGUAUGGGAAUCGGGCCCGGAUGUUGCCGACGGAUUGUUCGUUUUGAUCGAACACACCGAAAUCGCGGGUCACACCGCAUCAAUCCCGAGCGGCACCCGAGCGUGGCGUGUGUGUGCAGGAGCUUUCCAGCACCCAGCACAGACUGGACCGGGUGCGCGAUGGAGCACGCGAGUGCGGCCGACGACAGCGGCAGCGACGACGAAUGACAUGUCCACCUACUUGUUCUUCUUGCAGCAGCGAAGCGGAGACGUC